AUGGAGCUGAAAUCGCCAAAGGCGAAGAAAAAGCCACGACCCAUGUGCUGGAGGAGGAUCCUACGCACUCCCCUGCUGCUCCUUGUUCUCCUCGGGACCUCCAGCUGCGAUCACGGCGACGUCGAUGACGUCACGGACGGUGACGUCAUACAAAGACCUGGCGUAUUUCGGGCGGCCGGUCGCGUCAUGCAUAACUCUAGUGACGUCAUGCCCAGUACCCGAUUGCGACACAUCAGCCACUCCUUCGGGCUGGGCGCCUUCCGGGAGGGGAGGCGGAACUCCAGUGACGUCACCUCUGAUAGAUUCGGCGGUUUUAAGGAGAGGCCGCGGCUGAGACACUCACGUCCAAAUAGUAGCUGGGAUUCCCUGAGCGACGUGAAGUACCUGAGGCGUAAUCUAAACAGGGAGAAGAUAAACUUCGUGGUGUACGACGAGCUGGUCGACGGGGAGACGGAGACGCGGGUCCACUACGACGGCGUCACUGCGAAGGAGACCUCAGUGGGGGGCGAGGGG